GUUAGGAUUGGUCUACAAUAGCCGUUACCGUAAGAAAUUCACCAAUCAUAGUCGAUUAUUCUUCUAUAAAUCAACUGUGAUUGGCUAAUUUCUUACGGUUACGGUUAUUCUAAACCAACUUUAGGCCUAAUGCACAAUGAAAAGCACAGGCAGUAGAAACUAGGAACAGAGAAUAACAACAGACAAUCGAUUUCAACCAAUCAGAAGUCGCGAAAAAUAUCUGCGAAUCAAUCAAAAGUUGCGAAAUCUAUUGCCUAUUGUUAUUCCCUGUUUUUAUUGCCUUGGUCUGUGCCAUGUGCUUUUCAUUGUGCAGUAGGCUUCACCCUUAACAAUUUGAAUACUUUUCUUGUAUUUGGAUCUGAUGGGAUGCUUAUGAAAUGGGUACAUGUGAAAGGGAAUACAUAUAAAUCGGAAAAGCUUGAGUUAUUUCAUAAAUUACAGGAAAAAAAGUAAAAAGAGAAAAACAUGCAACAACACACAAUAUUAAAAAUUAAAGUAAAAGCAAACAUGACAUCUUUUAUUCCAUCUACAAGAUAUAAUUGUAAAGUGAGAUUGUUUGAAUCUAGAAGUCGAAUAAGGCAAACGAGUCGUACUACGGCAAAAAUUUCAAAAUAUCACAUUUUAGAAAGCAGGAAUACUGUACAAGAUAUAUGCCGUAAAAUUUUGGAUAGAGAUAUUGGUCUUGUCAAACCUUAUAGAAGCAUUAACUUAGAUCAUGUUAUUCCUGCAUUGUCACCAAUAUUAAAAUCCUUCAAAGAUCGACAUAACCGAUUUAAUUAUUUUGAUAAAUUGAAACAUACAAUAGAAAAUACUAGAUGUAAAAAAACUCAAGAGAACAAGAAACCAAAGUAUAAACAUCAAAUUGAUGUCUGUUUAGUGCAAGCUUUCUUUAGUUUGUUAUUGUAUAAAAUUGUCCCUCUUGAAUUAUUUGGCACAUCAAGAAACCGAAAGCUUAUAAAAUCCACAAUAUAUCGUCUUUUAAAGACAAAGCCAAACAAGAUACCAGUAUCACAGCCUUUUAAAAGAAAAAAAUCAAAAAGAACAGAUGCCAUUGGGGGCAUACUAGAUUUGGAACAUGCUAAACCAUUUUUAUUAAAAAAGCUGGAUAUUUCUCAAAUUCAGUGGUUACAUUCAAUUAAUAAUGAUACAGUACGACGGAUAAUUAUACUAAAACUAUUGCAUUGGUUUUUUGCACAAUAUAUCAUAAAGAUUUUACAUAAAUAUGUAGUCUUGAACCACUUGAAAAAGCAAUGGGUUUAUAUCACAAAAGAUAAUUGGUGCAAUAUGCAAGAAGAAUUUAUAAAAGAAAAGAAGGAUACUAAUAAUCUUGUGCCCUAUGCAAAGUUAAAUAACACAUAUAUUGGGAUAUAUAAAUUUCUUCCAAGUUCUUCUGGUUUGAGAGCUUUAUUUAUAACAAAGAAUAGUAAAGGAAUACAUGAUAGUGAUUAUGUUGUUUUAAGAUUUUUGCAACAAUUAUAUGUUACUUAUUUUGAUGAAAAUGGGCCUCCAACGAUAAAAGGUUGUAAAAAUAUGAUUAAGCAUUUUACAUCCAGGUUUAAGAAUCAACAAUUAUAUUAUGUUCGUUGUGAUAUUCAAGAUGCAUUUGGCGCUAUAAUCCAAAAAAAAUUAUUCGAUAUUAUUGAUACGCAUUGCAAAAAAUUAUAUGAAAAGCAUGGCAAGUAUCUUGUAACACAAACUGUUACCGUUAAAACAAAUAAAAGAGGUCAAAUUAUAAUAAAGAAAUACUUGCAAAUUUUAGAGUCUUACCUUAAAAGUUCAAUAUUCAAAGAAAAUGUAACUCGAAACAGUACAGAUCCCAAAUUGAAAGUUUCAAUAAAAAGGUUGAAAAAUAGAAUAUAUAAGUUAAUACAUCUGCGAAAGGUUAAAUUUAAUGGUCAAGUAUAUUCAAUAAAAGAACUUGGUGUACCACAAGGUGCGUCAUUGUCUCCAAUUUUAUGUGAUAUAUAUUACCAAAAUAUGAUCAAAGAAAUAUUCUCUGAAUAUUUAGACAACGGUCUUCUGUACAGAUAUGUGGACGAUAUGUUAUACAUGACUAGCAAUGAAACGUAUGCAACAAGAUUUCUAAAAAUUGUUGAAUCAGGUAUACCUGAAUAUAAUGUAAAGUUUAAUCAAACGAAAACAGACUCGAAUGUAGACACAAAACAACAGCAUAAGAACAAAAACUUCACUUUUCUAAACAAAAUUCGUGUAACAGUGUAAAACUCAAUAAACGUUGGAACUGUAUUAUUCUUUAUACUUUGAAAAAAAAAUUUAUAGCGAGAUAUAGACGAGAUUGAAGCAAAAAUACAAGUUUAUGUUUUUGUAAAAAUUUAAGUUGCUAAGUUUAUGCUCAUUUAAAAUUUAAAAAUAUAUUUGAUAAUCUGGUAUUCUUUUUCAAAA